AUGAUUGAUCUGAGUAUGUUGAAUGAGAAACCUCGAAGUGUUAAGGAUACACAGAAGUUAAAGUGGGUUGAUCUUAGCCAUUCAAGCAAGUUAAGCAAAAAAUAUAGCAGAGACAUCAAUUACAACUCCGGGAAUAAGAUAUGUGGUAGACCCUGGGUUUUGUUAAGGAACGAACCUAUGAUCCCAGCAAAGGAAUGGAGUCGCUUGAUGUUGUUGGAACAUCAAAAGCACAGGCGCUUCAAAGAAGGUACCAUGUUCUGUAUUCGUUUAUGUUUCCAUUCAAUGUGUUUUGAUGGUUAG